CGAGGCAUUUAUGUCACAGGUGUGCGUGGGUCCAUCUGUCUGCCACCAGAGGAGAGGCAGCCUACCUGCUGAGCAAGAAGAGCGAGGACACAGAGACCCAGACCUGGUCCUUGUAUGAGAGGAGUGUAAAAAGGUGAAACUGACUGCCAAAAGAUGUCACACCAAACUGGAAUUAACGCAACACCUGAGCUGAAAGAGUUUCUGGCCCGAGCGAGGGGAGGUGCCAUCAGAAUAAUGAAGAUCAUCAUCAGAAACGAGGAGUUGGUGCUAGAUUCAUGCAGAGAGCCGACACAGAGCUGGGACAAGGACUAUGACCAGUUCCUGCUUCCACUGCUCACACCUCAGGAGCCGUGUUACAUCCUCUACCGUCUGGACUCCCAGAAUGCACAGGGAUAUGAGUGGAUCUUCAUUGCCUGGUCACCUGACCAGUCACCAGUGAGGCAGAAGAUGGUAUAUGCAGCAACGCGUGCCACCCUGAAGAAAGAGUUUGGAGGCGGUCACAUCAAAGAUGAAGUGUUCGGCACAGUUGAGGAUGACCUGUGCUUCCAGGGAUACUUACGGCAUGUGUCGUCCCACUCUGCCCCAGCUCCUCUAACAUCAGCAGAGCAGGAAUUACAACGAAUUAAAGUCACAGAGGAUAAGGUUGUCUGGGAUGAACGUAGAAGAAUCGGGACUCCAACAGCACGAGCGAGGGUUACAAUGGAGUUUGGCUUGGAUAAGAGGGCUCAGACUCUUCAGGGUCUUGCAUUCCCGUUACAAGAAGAGGCCAAACGAGCUCUGCAGCAACUGAAGCAGAAGCGGAUCAACUACAUACAGCUGAGGCUGGAUGUAGAGAAAGAGACCAUUGAACUGGUUCACACCAAACCCACAGAGACUCAUGAACUUCCCUACAGAAUUCCUACAGAUUCUCCCAGAUACCACUUCUUCAUCUUCAAACAUUCCCACCAAGGCCAGCUGCAGGAGGCACUGGUGUUUAUAUAUUCAAUGCCUGGGUACACCUGCAGUAUCAAAGAGAGGAUGUUGUACUCCAGCUGUAAGAACAGACUACUGGAUGAGGUGGAGAGAGACUACCAGCUGGAGGUCACCAAAAAGAUGGAGAUCGAUAGUGGCGACGGCCUCACAGAAGAGUUUCUGUAUGAAGAGGUCCAUCCGAUGGAGCACACCUUAAAGCAGGCCUUUUCUAAGCCUCGAGGACCUGGAGGGAAGAGGGGCAACAAACGCCUCAUCAAGGGAGCAGGGGAGAAUGGGGAAGAAAGUUAAACAUCAUGCACACACUUCAACACAACAUGCACACACAUACCAAAACAUUAUCUUAAAUUA